AUGAGUCCUUAUUUCCAAUGCAAUCAAUCGGUGGACAGACUUUGUGUCCAAUUCUUUCGCAACAAAUCCUGUAUAGAGUUAUCGAAAGCACUUUUGGGACAAAUCCUAUGCCGAAGACUAUCACCGGACGGACCUAUUCUUAAGGGAAGAAUCGUUGAGACGGAGGCCUAUCUGGGAGUCGAAGACAAAUCGUGUCAUUCAUAUGGCGGCCGAAGAACUAAACGCAAUGAACCGAUGUUUAUGUCUUCGGGAACUACUUAUGUGUACUUCACUUAUGGUAUGUAUUAUUGUUUCAAUUUGUCGGCCGAAGACGAGGGAUCAGUUGUGCUGCUGAGGGCUGUCCAACCAUUACAGGCCAUCGACUUUAUGAAUGAGUUUCGGACUAAUUUCAUGAAACGCCGGCACGAGUCCAGUGGACACACCUGUCAUGAGACUAAGAAAUGUGAUCCCAAGCCAUAUAAACUGAAAGCGUUAGCCAACGGACCCUCAAAACUAUGCAUUUGUUUCCAUAUAAAUAAGGAUAACAUGAAUAAAGUGGACAUAACUGACAGUCCAUUCAUUUGGAUAGAAAGGGCCGAUUGUGUCAGUCCUCAAGACAUAGUUUGUGACAAACGUAUUGGUCUUUCAGGUGAUCACGAAUGGGUUGACAAAGAGCUGCGCCUUCGAGCCAUUGAUUGCAUUCCUUGCACUUCUUUGGGGUCUCGGGUUGUCUAA